AUGGACAAGACAAGUAUGCCAACACCUCCAGUCAAGCAAGCAAAGGACAAGACAAGUACACCAACACCUCCAGUCAAGCAAGCAAAGGACAAAACAAGUACGCCACCACUGCCAGUCGAGCAAGAAAUGGAGAAGCCACCAAGCAAGACAAAGCUGCAGGAGGUUGUCGAGAUGGUCCUCUACAUCGUCAAGCAGCUGCAAGGCAUCGAGUUGGAUUCCAUCAUUCCCGAGUACGAGUCACGAACCGGGAAGAAACUUGACCUUCAGGAGCUGGGGUUCACGUCCCUGCCCGCCUUCCUGAACCACAUGGCCGGGGAUCUCAAGGUCAUGAAGUACCGCGGCAGGGUCAUCAUCGUGGAACCUGACAUGGCCUUGAACCUGCCAAGCGAAACACCGGAGCCCCAAGACACUGCAGAAGACGAGGCCGAGCUUAAGAGUGAGAUCAGAGCCGCAGAGAACCUCCAGCAACUUCUCCAGGAGGAUUUUCCGUAUGGGCUGAAGCUAGAGGAGCUGUCUGGUGCGUACAAGGGCUUGUACGGCACGGGAGUGGAGGAGCUGAACUACGAGAAGUAUGGCUAUCGCACGCUGGAGGCCUACCUCACUGCCCGGCCUAAAAUCGCCACGGUCGUCAACUGCCAAAACGCUGUGCACAUCCUGCCUCCCACGCCCUUGGAGACGAUCACACCCGAACACAUCAACACCUCCUACACCGGGGCAGUGGUCAAGGAGGGGGAGCGCUUCCCUGUGUUGGAGGACCUCACCCCGGGCUGCCUGGACGUGAUAGUCGGGGAUGUCUACACACCGCACUUCUUCUGGGUCAUGCGCUACGGGGAGGGCUACUCCUUCGACCUGGACACACUGAUGGACAAUAUGAUUGUGUUCUACAGCAGCCCUUUGAGUGAGCGCUACCGGGUGCAGGAGGGUAAAGUAAGCCACCAGAGACCCUUGGUUGCCUUGUACAUGAAUGACAGGAAUUUCUACAGGGCCAUUGUCUUGUCGGUGGAGGACCUCAAGACUGUCAAGGUUCUCUUUGUUGACUACGGGACGAUCUACAACUGCCCCUACGACUGCCUUCGACUGAUGCAUAGAAGAUUUUUCGACCUCCCAGCUCAGGCCAUAAAGUGCGCGCUGUACAAUGUGACGCCCCCGAAGAAGAAGUCUCGGUGGCCCAUUAAGAUCUCCAAUGAGUUCCUCCGUAUGGUGGAGAACCAGAAAAUGAAGGCAGAGGUGAUGGACAUGCAGGGGGGGACCAAAACUAUCCUCCAGCUCUGGGACACAUCAAAGGGGGAGGAGGUCAACAUUGCAGAGCUUCUGGUGAGUGAGGGAAUGGCAAUGUGGGUGAACCCCUCUGAUCACAGCACCUCGCCUUGCCGCAGUGAACUUGCCGUGAAGCCAGACUCUCCAAUGGAGUCCUCUAUUGCAAAUAUGACAAACACCACCAGAGAGCCUGAAGAGAGCAGCAGCGACAUGAUGGACUUUGAGGCAGGAGGAGCAACAGCCGAAGGAGAUGACGACUAUCGUUUCUCCACGUCCACGCCCGAACCUGCCGUCCCAGAACCGCAGGACAGUUACCGGCUACGUUGGCUCGAGUUCAACAUCCUCGGGACCAUCAAGACCAUGGAGAUCCGCGGCGUCCUGUGCGUGAUGGACUCGGACCUUCCACACGUCUGGCUUGACCAAGUGAAGCACCUCGGGGUGACAUUCACGAAGGAGGAUGACCCCGAGCUCUACCUCUUCAUGGUGGAGAGUGGUUUCGAGAUCUUUGAGCCCAGCGGGAAACUCAGGCCUAGCAUUGUCGUGUACCCCUUCAGCGCCCUGCCGCAAAUCCUUACUCUCGGUGUCGGCAACAAUCACGUCAAGGAAGAAGAGGAGACUGAUCAAGAAACCUCGAUAUCAGUCCUGCUCAAAGAGUGGGAUUGUAACCAUGCUAGUGAGACCCAGGGAGACAGCAGCACCUCCUCUCGCAUGGAAAAUGAGGAACACAGGAACUUUUACAGACAUGGGGCACAGGUCCAGCCCCUACGAAGGCCCUACAUUUCCUGCAAGCCCGACCAGGAGUGACAAGGUAAAUAAUCAGCCUACAGUGGGGCCAAGAGACUAGAAAAGCCUCGCUAGUUUGGGGCCUAACUUAAAUAAUGAAAAAUAGACACACUGAGACUUUUAAGAGUGAAAAAUAAAUGAACUUCUCAGAGUGAAAAAUAGACACACGAAGUCUUUUAAGAGUGAAAAAUAAAUAAACUUCUCAGAGUGAAAAAUAGACCCACGAAGUCUUUUAAGAGUGAAAAAUAAAUAAACUCAGUGUGAAAACAAACAAACUUCUCCAAGUGAAAAAUAAAUACAAUGAUUCUUUUAAGAGUGAAAAAAUAACUAAACUUCUCAGAGUGAAAAAAUAAACAAAUCUCUCAGUCAAAAAAUAAACACAAAUUUCUCCA